GGACUCUCCGCGGCGGGGCCGCCCCGCGCUGCCCGCAGCCGCCUCGGCCGCCUGCCCUGCCGCCGCAGCCGCCGCCGCCGCCGCCUCCCCCCGGGGCCAUGUCAACGGGCUCCGGGAGCGAGGCGGAGGAGCUGCCCGAGAUGGACCUGAGGGCGCUGCAGCUGGACUACCCGGCGGCGGGCAAGCGGCAGCCCCGUGGCGAGCUCUACCCCUCGGGGGACAACUCCUCGGCGGCGGAGGAGGAGGAAGAGGAGGAGGAAGAGGAGGAGGAGGAGGAGGACGGCGAAGGCAGCUGCGCGGCGGGGCCGGCGGGCUGCAAGAGGAAGCGGGCGAGGGGCAGCGGCCCCGGGGGCAAGAAGGCGCCGUCGGGGCCGCGGGGGCAGGCGGCAGAGGGGAAGCAGUCGCAGCGCAACGCGGCCAACGCGAGGGAGCGGGCGCGGAUGCGGGUGCUGAGCAAAGCUUUCUCCAGGCUGAAGACCAGCCUACCCUGGGUGCCGCCCGACACCAAGCUCUCCAAGCUGGAUACGCUCCGCCUGGCCACCAGCUACAUCGCGCACCUCCGGCAGCUGCUGCAAGAGGACCGCUACGAGAACGGCUACGUGCACCCCGUCAACCUGACUUGGCCAUUUGUGGUCUCAGGACGACCCGACGCUGACACCAAAGACGUCUCUGCCGCCAGCAGAUUAUGUGGAACUACCGCUUAGCCAAAUUCUUUCCCUUAGAGCUCUGAGGGAAGUCUAUUUAAAGCAGUAAAGGAAGGAGACGCUGGAGAGGAGAGCUUUUACGAACUGGCUGCAGCCGCUGAAGUCUGAGAUUUGGAAAAGCCCUUCUUGUGCUUCGCCAUUCGUGCCGCUGCCUGAGGACCUGUUGUUCCGAGGUUAUCAAACUAAUGGAAGAGGAAAAGAAUGAUAUAGAAUUAACAGCAUGGACCAAAAUGCAACUCUACAAACUAACCCCAAACAGUGUUAUUUGUAUUCUAAAGCAAAGCAGUAUUUUAGAGUAGCUUCGAAACUCAGAUUUAUAAUAUAUUUUGAUGGCUUUUGUAUUCAUGGGUCAGGUUUACUGCAACUAUGCAAUAAGUGUAACCAUACUUUGUUUUUGUCCUUUCAACCGGAGUUUUCUUGAAAAUAUGUAAGCAGCUACAUUCUGCAUUUAGGCUGCCACCCAAUGGAAUGAAACUAAUUCCUUUGGUUAUGCCUUUAAGUGCCACGUGUAAGAAUGUGGGGCUGUCCCCAAUAUGAAGGCAGAACUUCCAUGUUUUAAUAUGGAAGAGAAAUUCUGCACGCUGAAAGGCCAGAGUGCAUGUGCUGUAAAGAAUGAGUCGUGUGAUGCUGCAAUACAGCAAGGAUUCACGACGUGUUAAACGUUUCUUCUGUACUGCUGCGCUUCUCUUUGAUAAGUUUACCCUCAAAUGAGUUCUAGUGAUGUUUCUUCACUAAUCCGAAUGCUGUAAUAAAAGGAGGAUGCCAUCAAAUAAGUUGCAAAUGUAAAUAAUUUUAUUUUUUUAUAAAUGACAUUAAAAGCUUGGUUACAACAA